AUGCCGUCACUAACGCCCCCCACAGCCAACGGAGCCGUCCAAUCGUCGUCGGACGAAGUCACGUCCAUCGUCAUUGAGUGCGGCUCGUCAUACACGCGUGUCGGCUUCUCGGGAGACGACCUCCCCAAGGUGGUCAUCCCCACCAAAUACGGCAAGUACACAAACGACAAGGGCGAAGAUGUGUACGAAUUCGGCCUGGAAAACGUGCAUCGACCUGUAGCCGGCAAGGAAAUCUACAGCCCCGUGCAGGACGGUUGCAUCCAGGACUGGGAUGGAGUGGCCAAGCUUUGGGAGUACGCCAUCAAGGAAAAGCUCAAGGUGGACGACUUGAGCGAGUACCCUCUGGUGAUCACAGAGCAGAUGUGGAACUCGAGUGCAAGACGGGCCAAGAUCGCCGAAAUGUGCUUCGACAAGUUCCGGUCGCCUGCCAUCAGCUUCGUGAAGAACCCUCUCUGUACUGCUUACGCUGCCGUGCGACCCAACUCCAUCAUUGUGGAGAUCGGUUCGGCCGUGGCCAGUGUGUCUACCGUACUUGACGGCAAUGUGGUAACCAAGGCCUCUUUCCACUCCAAGUUUGGAGGCGACUUUCUCAACUACCUGAUUCUCGAGGAGUUCAAGCGAAAGCAGGUCGAGGUCAUCCCCUCGUACCUGGUCAAGAAGAAGAAGGACAUUAACGACCCCAACCCUUCUACAUUCCUGCGAGAACUGCCCGGCAUGACUGACUCGUACAAAAACUUUGAGAUUGAGCGGGUGCUCGACAACUUCAAGGAAACCACCCUCCAGGUCAACUACCACCCCAUCAUGCCUCACACACCGCUGCCACCCAACAUCCAGAGACCCUACGAAUUUCCCGACGGAAGCACAUACAUUGCUGAGCAGGAACGAUUUGGAAUCGCCGAGUCGCUGUUCAGGCCCGUCGAGUUUGGACCCCCAGGUGUCGUGCCUGAGGGAACUCUCGGUAUCUCGGAGCUCAUCUACCAUGCCGUGCUCAAGACCGACCCCAAAGCCGAGGUCCAGAUGGAGCUACUUAACAACAUUGUCGUUGUUGGAGGAACUACUCUGCUCAACGGUCUGACUGCCCGAAUCCACCGGGACAUGGCCCAGUUCUUCACCCAGUUCCAUGUCAAGCAGCCCUACCUCUCGGUGACCUCCACCGAGCGAAAGUCGCUGGCAUGGACCGGUGCCUCUGUUUUCGCUUCUCUCGGCAACUUUGGUUCUUCCUGGGUCAUCAAGCAGGAGUAUGAGGAACAGGGCGCCGAUGUCAUUGACAAGCGUUUCAAGUAG